GCCCUUUUCUGAGGCGCGGCAACACGCGGAGUCAACCGACGACAAGGGUUACAAGGGAGCAUGGCGGUCACACUGGGAGCGUCUGGCCUUGUGGUGCUGGUGCUCUUGGCCUCAGUCUGGGGCGUACAGAGCGGUGCCAAUGGCGCAUCAAGCGCCAAUCGUUGGAGCGUGGUGCAGUGCUCUGAGGCAGGCUUUACGGAGGGACUUGUGUGUAGCAGUUGUCAGUUGCUGCCAAAGUUUGAGCUCGAAGUUCUCAGCGAGGCUUGUAGUGCAUGCUGCCAAGAUGACGGCAUGACGCAGGGCCAGGUCACCAAGUAUCCUCGGGCCAUCUUGGAAAUGUGCAACUGCAAGCUGCGAGCGUUCCCACAGAUUGCCCCUUUCGUGGAUGGUGAGCGCAAAUCAAUGUUUAAGAACCUGAAGCACGUGCACAAGCAUCUGGCGCCGCCGCGCCUGCAGCUCUUCAACGCUGAUGGAGAGAUGGCAGAGGAACUGAACAUUGAGAGCUGGGACACCGACACGAUUACGGAGUUUCUGGAAGACCGCCUCGAGGCUUGAACCCUCGAUGCCAAAGCAGUGCUACCUCUCCUUAUUGCCUGACUGGGCGAGACAAGAAUAGCAUCAAUUCAUUCCAGCCCAAUGUCAAUUUGACAAUCUCAAUCUUGAUUUCGAGUUUUAUCAAGGCAUUGACAGAGGCAAAUCAGCGGGUUCCUCGUCGGCCACUUUCAGGCUGAUCCGGACAAGGUGGGAUGUCAUCUGAGUGCUGCUCUAGUGGUGAGGCCUUCCACAAAUUAAUCAUGGACUCGCGAAAAUUGGUUGCCCUCAGUAUGGGGCCCUCAAGGAUGAAGGGGUGCAAGCAGAGCUUGGAGCCUCAAAGCAAAACAUUUGAUCGCUGUUUGAUGAGAUACGGGACAUUAUCUUGGAAAGGUUUUCUUGGUGUGUCGCCACCACGGUGAGCCAUUGCGUUUCGGGAGGCAUGCACUGGCCGACAAAAAUUUGCUGUCGCAAGGAGCAGAGGCCAAUAAAAAUGGAGCCCCCAAGACGUACGAAUUUUGGCUACAGCAGCAAGUACAGAUGAGACAGCAUCGCUGCGUCCUGUACACUUCCACACGUGCGGCAGCACUACACUUGGCCCGCCCACAGCCGUGGCCCUUGAAAUCAUAACAGACAGAAUACCUCCAUGCAGGCCCGGCAGCUUCAGAUU